AUGGCCGUACCCAUUCUUGGCCGUCUUAACUUGCGUGAUUAUCAGGCCUUGUUUAUUGGAUGGUUGCUGCUAUUUGUUGAGGCUAUCCUGCGUUUGGUUACUUUCUGUUUACCACUCCCUGUGCUAGAGAUUUGCAAGACUGAAAGUCAGAGGAUUUUCUCCAAGUUCUAUAAAGAUGAAAGGACAGAUCCCGUUAAAAAAUUGCAAAAAGCUAAUAACUUCUCCGAGAUGGCUGAGUUCUGGGAAUAUCCAUCCGAGGAACACGUCGUGAAAACACAAGAUAAUUACAUGUUAGGAGUGCACCGUAUUCCACGAGGAAGAUCCACGCCACGUUCUGAGGGUAGUCCAAGUAUUGAAAGUAUAUUCAAAAAACGUGGGAUUCCCGUAUCGGCUAUUCGAGGUACUAUCUCUGGUAAAACAUCCGACGUAAGGCCUGUUGUCUUGUUGUAUCAUGGAUUGAUGAUGUGCAGCGAAGUGUGGUUAUGCAAUCUUGAGGAUGAGAACAGAAUGGCAACAUUAUUAGCCGAUGCUGGUUAUGACGUAUGGUUCGGUAAUGCACGUGGUAACAAGUAUUCCAUGAAACACACUCAAUACAGUCCAAAUGGGACUCAAUUCUGGAAUUACUGUAUUGAUGAAUUUGCAAUGUGUGAUUUGCCGAGUUUGGUUGACUACAUUCUCGAGACUACAGGCGCACCUUCACUUACGUAUAUUGGAUUCUCUCAAGGAACGGCAACAGCAUUUGCAGCCCUGUCGGUCAGCCCGCAACUCAACAAAAAAGUUAAUCUGUUUAUUGCGCUGGCUCCUGCUACAAGUCCAAGAGGUCUUCAUAACAUUUUUGUUGAUGCGAUUAUCAAGGCAUCGCCAAACAUAGUCUACCUUCUUUUCGGUCGUAAAGCAUGUUUAGCUGUUGUUCUGUUCUGGCAAAAAGUACUCGCUCCGCCCAUUUUUACAAAGAUUCUUGACUUGGCUAUGAGUUUCCUAUUUGGAUGGAAACUCGAUUUAAUCACUGAAGCUCAGAAGGCUGUGUCCUAUUAUCAUCUGUAUAGUUGCGCGAGUACCAAAAGUCUCGUACACUGGUUUCAGAUAAUCAGAGCAAGAAACUUCCAGGUGUACGACGAGUUACCCGCGUAUUCUUCUUACACUUCACUGGGAUAUUGCCCGUCUAGGUUCCCUACUCAACAGAUUGCCACUCCAAUUGCUGUUUUCUAUGGUGGAAGUGACAGUCUGGUGGAUAUAAACGUAUUGACCAGACAAUUACCUAAAUGCGUGCUUUUGAAGGAAGUGAAGAAGUAUGAACAUAUAGACUUCAUUUGGGCGGCAGACGUGCAUAAACAUGUCUUCCCUGAGCUAUUUGAUCUUCUCAGAGUGUAUAAUGUUGAUGGUGCUGAAAGAGAUGACAUUGACGUCGAUGCAGACUAUGACCGUGUCUAUGAUCCUAUAAUGACUAAAAAUUAA